AUGGUAGUUUUCAACAUUUUAGUCCUUCCUGGUGACCAUAUUGGUCCAGAAAUUGUGGCAGAAGCCGUCAAGGUUCUGCAUGUGGUGGAAAAAUACUCAAAGCAAGACUUAAAAUUUGCUUUGGAAUAUGAUUUGUUUGGCGGCGCGAGCAUUGACAGACAUGGAGAACCUAUUACUGAGCAAGUCUUGCAAAAGGCUGAAGCUUCCGAUGCAGUUUUAUUUGGCUCUGUUGGAGGACCCGAAUGGGGACCAUCGUUAGUGGCAAAUACAGAUGAAAAUACUCAAGACACAAGUUUGUUGGAUACGGUCAAGUGUAACCGUCUCAAGGGUGCACGUCCUGAGCAAGGAGUUUUAGAGCUUCGCCGGCGAUUAGAUUGCUGGGCGAAUAUCAGGCCUGUGCGGUUGAUUGCACCAGCGUUGGCCGCAAGAGUUUCAGCCAUUAAAGAGCAUAUUCUUCGUGGCACUGACAUGAUUGUGUUGCGUGAGAACUGUGGUGGUGCGUACUUUGGCGCAAAGACUGAGAACUCUGAUUUUGCAAGUGAUGCCUGGGCAUACACGCGACAAGAGAUUGAACGCGUGACUCAGAUGGCUGGAUAUUUGGCUGAAAAUUACCCUGGACAGGUUAAAGGUCGCUCCGUCAAAAUAACAUCAUGCGAUAAGGCUAACGUUCUGGCAAAUUCGAGGUUAUGGAGAGCAGUUGUUCAGAAGGUUCAUGAUAAAGAGUUCCCACAUAUCGAAUUGGUACAUCAAUUGGCUGAUAGCGCAGCUAUGAUUAUGGUUGCUCGACCCACUGUACUUAACGGGGUUGUAUUAUGUGACAAUACUUUUGGUGACAUUUUGUCUGAUGAAGCAGCUGCUCUUCCAGGAUCUUUGGGCCUUCUUUCUUCUGCUUCUUUAGCACAAGUCCCAGGUGAAGGUCGCAAAGCACAAGGAUUAUAUGAGCCAGCUCAUGGCUCUGCCCCAGACUUACCUCGAGAUGCAGCAAACCCAGUGGCUACAAUUCUUAGUGCUGGGUUGAUGUUGCGCUACACAUGCGGACAAGCUGCACUGGCUGAUUUACUUGAUACUGCUGUGGGCCAUGUAUUGGAAGACACAGAAGCUGGAGGUCUUGGGUUGCGGACCCGGGAUUUAGGUGGCACUUUAGGCACCAGUGCUUUAGGAGAUGCAAUUGCAAAUGAGUUUAAGACUCGUCUAAUUGCAAGUGGAUUAUAA